GCAAUUACUCAGUUCAAAAUCUCAUUCACUCGUCCUACACUGUCGCUUUUUCGCUCCCGAUACCCACUCAUCAAACUCUUGCAGCCGGCGAACAACUAGCCACAUUGCCACACUGCCACCGCCGAGCGCCGAUCUCACAGCCUCACUGAGUCAUUUUUUUCUCUCUAUUGCUCUCGUCUCCAAUCUCUCAGCCUCUCACCAUCUCCAUCUUGUUCAGGAAGAGGAAAAGAGUUUGGGAAAAGCUGAAGCCUUUCAAAAUCUAAGAACAAGAAGAGAAGGUGAAUCUGUGGGAGAGUGUGGCUAACUGCUGGCUGUAGCUGACUGCUGACUGAGCUAGUAAGAAGUACGAGGAGCUGGGCUUUGAGAUACGAUGAUUGCUGUGCUGGUAUUGAUUCUGGGUGUUUUAUUGGGAGCUUUCAUUUUAAUCCCACAAGUCCAUAAAUCUGGUGGUACAAAAAAAGUUGAGUCAACUGCUAGCAAUAAGAAGGUAUCCAAAAUCUACAGUAAAGCUGACGUCUUGGCGCAUAACAAGAAAACUGAUUGUUGGAUCAUCAUCAAGGACAAGGUUUAUGAUGUUACCUCGUACGUAGAGGAACAUCCAGGUGGUGAUGCCAUCUUAGCACAUGCUGGUGAUGAUUCAACCGAAGGGUUUUAUGGGCCACAGCAUGCAACCCGAGUCUUUGACAUGAUUGAUGACUUUUACAUUGGAGAUUUGGAGAGGUAAUCAGUUACAACCAUUGGUCUGUAAACAAGAAUAAUGUACUUCCAGAAUCUUAUUGUUCUCUUGGGGUUUUUGCCUUAUUGAUGACUUCUACAUUGGAGAUCCAGAGAACCAGAGCGGUAGUUAAUUACAGCCAUUGAUUUGUAAAUUGACGAGGGAAACAACUCUGUUUCAAAACCCCUCCAAUAGCAACACGUCACAUUACCUUUUCACUAGUAUAUAAAAUUCACAUGCCUCACACAA